AUGCCUGGCCCAGAUUUAUUAUCAAGUCAAGGGCUUCGCUUGGACGGACGGCGACCGAAUGAACUCCGUCGGAUAAGGUGCAAGCUAGGUGUGUUUACCCAGCCGGACGGCAGUGCUUACUUGGAACAAGGGAAUACUAAAGUUCUUGCUGCAGUUUAUGGCCCGCAUCAGGCAUCGAAAUCAAAAGUUUCGACAGAUGGUGUUGUAGUGAACUGCCAAUAUAGUAUGGCUACAUUUUCCACAGGAGAGAGAAAGAAUCGUCCACGUGGCGACCGCAAGUCACAAGAAAUGUCAAUGCACCUACGUCAAGCACUCACUGCUGGCAUCAAGACCGAGCUGUAUCCAAGGUCGCAAAUCGACAUUUAUAUUGAGGUUUUGCAGGCAGACGGCGGAAACUUCUGUGCAUCAGUGAAUGCGGCGACACUUGCCCUAAUAGACGCCGGCAUCCCCCUGCGCGCGUAUGUGUGCGCCUGUUCAGCGUCGAUGGCGUGGAAAGGCGGCGAGCCCACGCCCUUGGUCGAUGUAGGACACGUGGAAGAGGCUGCGGGGGGCGUUGUACUUACGGUCGCCAGUUUGCCUACCACAGGCAACAUAGCAUUGUUGGAAAUAUCGCACCGACUUCAUAUGGACUACUUUGAUGCCGUCAUGAGUCGAGCCAUGCAGGGCUGCAGGGAUAUAGAGGUAAUAUUAGACAGAGCUGUAAGAGAACAUUUAGCAGAAGGGUGGACGAAACAAGAUGUGGUCACUAUAUAAAAUACUAUUUUUUAAUUUACUGUUUUUUAUUUUU